AUGCCUUUGCCCAAAGCCGGCAAGCGGGCACCCCGAGGACAGCCAGGACGCAGCUUAGGUGCUGUGCCUGAGGGGCCUUCGGAAGCGAAAAGGCCGAUCAGCUUCGGCAAUGCGGCGUCGCCGAACGUGGCUGCCGCGGAGGGCAACGAGCCUUCCAAGCUGAAAUCGAAGUUCAGCAGCCUCAGCAGCAAGUCCACUGCCAGCUCCGAGACCACCAUGGAUCACCUCAGCCCGACUGUUGCCAAUAUGAUGACGGGGUGGAGGUCUGCAUCGGCAGUGCCAACAAUCAACAGCCCGCUGGAAGAGCGGUACAUCGUGACGCGGAGACUGGGCGAGGGGAAGUUCGGAACGGUCAGCUUGGCUGUUAAAAGGGGCACCAACCAGAAGUACGCGGUCAAAGUCAUGCCUGCCUACGGGGAUCAGGAGAUGCACAUCACCAAGUGUCUCAGCCAUCCUCACAUCGUUCGACUGCACGAGACCGUUCGCAGUCAGAGCUCCCUUUGUCUCAUUCUGGACCUUUGCCUUGGCGGAGAUCUUCACCAGUGGAUCUCCCAGCGGUUUCGAAAGGACAAGGACAAGGGCCCCGGCCAGUACCGCACGCCGCGCCGCAGCGAGGUGGCCACGUUUGUAUGGCAGAUGCUGACGGCCGUCGCGUAUCUCCACCACCACAAGAUUGCCCACCGGGACAUCAAACCAGGGAACCUUCUUCUAGAGGAUCCCUCAGCCCCGAUGACCUUGAAACUCGCAGAUUUCAAUCUUGCGUGCAACUUCCGGAAGGGGCAGAAGCUGUCCUCCCGAUGUGGGUCAUUGAUGUACCUGGCUCCCGAAGUUAUUCACAAGUCCUACACAGAGCGCUGUGAUAUUUGGAGUAUUGGUGUGACUUUCCAGGACCUCGUGACGGGGGAGGCCCUCUGGCAGGCGCAGGAGGAGCCACAGAUUGAGAAAAUGAUCCUGCAACAAAAACCGGAGCUCCGCAGCAGACACUGGAGCAGCCACGGCGAGGGUGCAAAGGAGCUCUUCUGCCAGCUCACCCUCCGCGAGGAUGCUGGAAGACCUUCCGCCACAGACGCCGUUGAGAACUCUUGGCUUCGCAGGCAUCGACGCGGCAAAGACAUGUGCUGCGCCAUUAGCUGA